AUGACGUUAUUACAACUUGGGCGUCAGAAUUUGGAGUUCAAUUCCGUUUUCCUCUCUUUUGUCGGAAAGAGGCAAACUUCCCUGAAGUUUUACUCCGAGACGGGGGCUAGUACACUCCGACAAUCCGACAGAGAUCCAGAUGGGGAAUUCGUCAUUUCACCGUCCCCUUCAUCGGUCUCGUCUCUCGAAGCUUCAGACCCACAGCCGUACGCGGGAAGGUCGCGGAGAAAGCGGAAAAUGUCCGUGACGAGGAAGGGAGAGGCGUGGGAGGAGAGGAGCUGCCGGCUGCGGGCACUGCAGCUGCGGGUGCAGGACCUGGGUCUGGGCUAUCGUUCCGACGAAAUUAUCCUCUUCAAGUACUGCAGUGGCAGCUGCCCCCUGGCUCGCACCAACCACGACCUCACCCUCUCCCUCCUCCUGCGCAAGGCCGACUUCCUCAACCUGUCCCGGGAGAAGAUCGUCAGCGACCCGUGCUGCCGGCCCACACAGUUCAAGGACGUCAGCUUCCUGGACAACCAGAACCGCUGGCACAGGGUGGAAAAGCUGUCAGCUUCAGAGUGCAGCUGUAUCGGGUAACCAUUGCUGGCGGGAGGGGGGUGGGGUGGAGGGAUUGUGAGGGAAUUUAGGGAGACCAAAGUGGGAAUCCAAACGAGGCAAAUUCUUGAGCUGGUUGGGGGUGAAGAACAAAGGUCAGGGUGUGGGCAUGAAUGGAACCCCUUCCACAGGGUAACCGAAGAUCCAAAAAGGUUGUGUUGGGGUAAAUGACUGAGACCGGUCCCUGGGAUAGUGGUUGAGGGGAGGGCUCAAUAUGGUGGAGAUCUCUCUCUCUCCUGUGCAUCUCCUUUCCAUCCCAAGUUCCUCAUCUCUCCAGGGUUGGGCUAGGUGUUUUGAUACCAGCAGGCAGGCAGCUGGGAAUAUGUCAGCACGACCCUGAGCGGUUGGAGGGGUGGAUCGCAGGUCCUACGUGCUGUUCCCACACUGCUCACACUCUGCAGUCACCGGCCCAAGGAACUUUGCACACAGAGACAGACAGACAGACAUUCGAGAUGUAACAG